UUGUAAUGGCUGCCUCCCUUCGGGAGUCCUGUUUAUUGAUCUCCGGCACAUGGAAAACGUAAACAAUUCUGCCUCCGUGCUUCGGCAUACAGGCCGUACGCCGAUCAAGAUCGCCAAAUGGAAGAUCCAAGCGGGCAGCCGGAUUUCGCAUGGCACUGGUAUCUUGUUGUACCAGAAAUCGGGCGAAAGUUCCGACGCGGACGCGCAGUUGUACAAGCUCAAGUCCGAAUGCGAUGGCACCGUCGACACAUUGGUGGCCCAAGAAGGAGACGUCCUGAAACCAGGGGAUGUGUUGUUGAAGCUGGCCCUGUGUACGCAUCCCGUCGUCAUGAAGGACCUCUGUGCCGAAUGCGGGGCCGACCUGAGAGAGCUGGGGGAAGCAGUGCCGACCGCGGCCGAUGUGGCCUCCGUCAGUAUGAUUCACAAUGUACCUGAACUUCGCGUCACUCACGAGCAAGCUCGCCAGCUGGGCAAAGCCGAUGAAGAGCGGCUGCGCAGCUUACGCAAGCUCGUCCUUCUGGUGGAUCUCGACCAGACGCUCAUCCACACCACAAGCAAUUACGUGCCACCAGAUGUGAAGGGUGUACACCACUUCCAGUUGUGUGGGCCCCAGUCGCCCUGGUACCAUACAAGGGUGCGGCCAAGGACGCAGCACUUCCUGGAGCAGGUGUCCCAGCUGUAUGAACUGCACAUCUGCACUUUUGGGGCAAGGCCUUAUGCACACGCUAUUGCUGCCCUGCUGGACCCCGAUGGACGCUACUUCUCGCACCGGAUCCUCUCGCGGGACGAGUGCUUCAAUCCCACAUCCAAGACUGGCAAUCUAAGGGCGCUGUUUCCUUGUGGAGACUCCAUGGUGUGCAUCAUAGACGACCGCGAGGAUGUGUGGAACUUUGCGCCCAACCUGGUGCCGGUGAAGCCGUACCUGUUCUUCGACAAGACGGGCGACAUAAACGCACCACCAUGUGCCCAGCCUGAGUCGACUUACUACCCUACAGCGGAAGACAUUGCAGGGGCUCCCAGAAGAGAAAAGUCAAAGGAAAGUAAUGGCACAAUCGAGAAGUCUGAGGCAGCUGGAGGGGAUACUCUUUCCUCAAGAGACGAAGGCGCGGUUGUAGACUCGGCUCACCAGAAAGACUCUCUGAGCCAAGGUGACAACCCUGACGUUAGUUCCGGCUCCCCCAGUGAAAUGCUCACGGAGCCAUCCAGUAGUCAAGACCAGGAGCCAGACGUCACAGAAGGCGCAGACGCACCAGCCAAAGAGUGUAAGGAAGCCACAGCGAAUGACAUCGUCCAGCAGGAAGAUGCGGAAAAGCCAAAGGAGAGUAAUGGCACAGAGUCCAAUCCUCCGUCCAUUGCACCUGGAGAACCACCUGAUGGCACUGACCAGAAAGCGGACAGUGCGGAAGAGGCCAUGGACACUGAAGCUCAUGGCAGCAAAGAAACCACUGACAAUGGCAAGGUUGAGGACAAUGUGGCAAACAUACAAAGCAGCCCUGGUGGUGAAGGGCCUGUUCCUUCAUCCGUGCCAUCCACUGAAGAGCUGGAUAGGAACAACCAGGAGAAACUAGUCGCGACAGAUGAUGCCACUUGUGCCACAGAGUCGUCUGCCACUGCAGCUGAUGACUCGGCUGCCAAGGAAAACACAACGCCAGACGACUCUGCAGACGACUCUGCAGACAAGGAUGACGCUACAGCAAAGUCAAGUGGUAGCCCCAACACAGGGUCCGAUUCUCCAGCUGCUGCAACUCCGGAGCGACCUGGUAGCCCUGACGAAAGCUUAGGAGACAAGAGUCCCGAAAAGCAGCGCGACGAGGACGAGGAUGAGGAUGACUACCUCCUGUAUCUGGAAGAGAUACUGCGAACUAUCCAUUGUGCCUACUAUGCCAUCUAUGACCAGAUGACCACUGAGGAAGGGGGCCGCAUUCCCGACCUCAAGCAUGUCGUUCCCUAUGUGCGGCGCAAGGUUCUCAAGGGAGUCCACAUUGUGUUCUCGGGAGUGGUUCCCAUGAAUCAGGCUGCUGAAAAGAGCCGUGCAUGGCAAGUCGCGAAAUCUUUAGGUGCCACUGUGUCUCGUGACCUCAGCCCUGGUGUGACCCAUCUCGUAGCAGCAAGGCUUGGCACAGCAAAGGUGAACAAGGCUCGCCGCAUGCCUGGUGUUCAUGUGGUGCACCCAUCGUGGCUGUGGUGCUGUGCUGAGCGUUGGGAGCACGUCGCUGAAGCCCUCUUCCCACUCAGGCCGUCCAGUCGAGAAGGCGCGUCCGAGAGACGUCCGCAGCAGGCCUCCAUCAGCCCAAACCUCAGGGAGCCUGUGGCUGAAGUGGCCCUUCUGCAUGAAAAACAACUUGACCAGCCGGUGGAAGCCCCCGUGUACGAUGCGGUGACUGGGAAGAGGAUAUGGCGGAGUGGGGAGCGUGCUGCCGCCUCUGGGCCCCAGGCGGCAACUGCUGGGAGUGUGCCAACACUUGCUGCCUCAGAAGAGUGGCCCUGCGAACCAUCGUCAAGCAAAGAUGACCACCCGCAACUCGAUGAGAAGGCAAACCCGUACCUGAGCAUGUCGUCGGAGCAGCUGCUGGAAAUGGAUCGCGAAGUUGAGGACGAAUGCAGCAACGACGAUGAUGAUGACGAUGACGACGUAGAGCAGAGCAAAGAAAAUGCAGAAAAGACGCAAGACGAAGAGUCGAGCCAAGACUCUUCCGUGCUUGGAGGGGCUACGAGGAAUAAUUCGGACACCGAAUCAUCCGCCGAGUCGCUCUCGGGUGGCGAGUGUCCACGUGGAUGGAGCAAGCGACGGCGCCGGAAAAGAGGGCGCGAAUGUUUGACAGAAGAUGAGGCAUCGCAGCCACCAAAGUUUCCGAGAAGUGAACUGCCGGAGGACAGUGAACGUUCAAACAGUGAAAAGUCCACAGAUGACUGGUCGAAUGGGUCAAUUGGGUCUGUCGAUGAAGAGAUGGCUGCAGCUGUGGAAAGGGAAUUUCUGGGUCUCUGAGACCUGGUGAAAAAGCAACUGCGUGUAUCUUUGUUGACUGCUUGUGAUGCGAUGAUGCUGUAGCUAGUAAAAGUUUGGAAAAACACAUGAUUUUAAGAGAAACAAAAA